AUGGGAAAGGUCCAAAGAUGUCCACGCUCCAAGCUAAUUAUAUCAAUCCUAAAAAAUAGACAUUGUAUUAAGAAAAAGUUCGGAUUUUUGACGAAGAGUCUCCUUGAAGAACCCGAACUUUAUUCGGAGGAAGAGAUCUCCCGACUUCUUUUGACGAUUGACGAGCUCCGCAAGCGCUUGGAGAACAUCAGGGUUGUCUCCAUGGAUGCCGGCCCCGGUGUGGCAUCCUCUGUCGAUAGCAUUAUGGAAAAGGUCGGCCUGAAGGAUAUUGUGGAUUCUUCAUUUGCUUCUGGACUCCCUCGAAACCCCCCUGUGCUCAAGGGCGUGUUUGAGCGCCUUUACUCAGAUGCUAUCCAACGCAUCCAGAGGUACAGCCUCAUUCGCCAGCAAAUGCUGUUGGCAAACAAGACGUAUGCCUCAGUGGUGGAUGCCAUCAGCGCAACCGAUGCAGAGGAAGCCAAGAAGAUCCCUGACUUCGAUGCUGUCAACGACACCACAGAUUCCACCAUCAGAGGGAUGUGGUACCAGACGGAGUACCUCUUCAGACGGGCUUGUGAGUAUGCAAUGGCUCAAGGUGUUGAGGCUUCGCUAAUCAAGGCCCAGCAGAGCUUGGUCUCGGAGUUUGAGGCCCUCGUGCGCCUAGCUUCGACUCAGACCCUUUGUUUCUAUAUAUUAAAAAGACUAAUGUUUGUAGGACAUGCACAUGUCUCUUCGAAUAAAUAA